UUCGGUUGUCGCCCGUUGGCCGCGCGGCGCCGCGCUCGGCGGCCGCCAUUGCAGCUUACUUUCAGUUGCUUUUUAAAGACGGAAAGCUCAUGGUGCAAAUUGUUAUUUCCAGUGCUGGGGCUGGAGGCCUGGCAGAAUGGGUGCUGAUGGAGCUACAGGGGGAGAUCGAGGCUCGCUACAGCACUGGAUUAGCUGGAAACCUCCUGGGAGACCUACAUUACACCACUGAGGGAAUCCCUGUGCUGAUCGUGGGGCAUCAUAUCCUGUAUGGAAAAAUCAUCCAUCUGGAGAAACCUUUUGCUGUCCUUGUCAAACACACUCCUGGGGAGCAGGACUCUGAUGAGCUUGGCUGCAAGACUGGCACCCGGUACCUGGUGACAGCACUCAUCAAAAACAAGAUCCUUUUCAAAACUCGCCCCAAACCCAUUAUCACCAACGUCCCCAAGAAAGUAUGAAAGAACCCCGGAUUUUCCCUAGAGAGCGG